GGCCCAUGAGGUAGCCAGAAGGGAAGCCAGAAGGGUCAGGAUCUUGGCCACGGGCAAAGCUGUGGCUGGCCGAGUUCAGGCAUCCCCAUCUCUUCGGCUCCUGUGUCUUCUGCCUCUUGUUUUGGCAGCUGUAGGCUUCCCUGUCUCUGUGAAAACCAUCACCAUGUCCAAGGGACCUCGGGCCAAGACCUUUGUCUUUCUGGACCUGGAAGCCACCGGGCUCCCCAGCGUGGACCCUGAGAUCGCCGAGCUCUCCCUGUUCGCAGUCCAUCGGUCCUCCCUGGAGGACCCCGAGUGCGAUGAGUCUGGGUCCCCCCUGCCACCCCGGGUCAUGGACAAGCUCACACUGUGCAUGAGCCCAAAGUGCCCCUUCACUGCCAAGGCCAGUGAGAUUACUGGCCUGAGCCGUGAGGGCCUGGGCAGGUGCGGGAAGGCUGGCUUUGAUGGCACUGUGGUACAGACGCUGCAGGCCUUCCUGAGCCGCCAGGAGGGCCCUGUGUGCCUGGUGGCCCACAACGGCUUCAAUUACGACUUCCCCCUGCUCUGCACGGAGCUGUGGCGCCUGGGCGCCCACCUGCCCCAGGACACCAUCUGCCUGGACACGCUUGUGGCACUGCAGGACCUGGACCGUGCCCACAGCCAUGGCACUCGGGCCCAGGGCGGUAAGAGCUACAGCCUGGGCAGCCUCUUCUGCUGCUACUUCCAGGCGGAGCCGAGCGCAGCCCACGCUGCUGAGGGUGAUGUGCACACCCUGCUCAUGGUCUUCCUGCACCGCACUGCUGAGCUGCUUGCCUGGGCCGACGAGCAGGCCCUCAGCUGGGCCCACGUGGAGCCCAUGUACGUGCCACCCGAUGACCCGAGGCUCGAGGCCUGAGCCAGGGCGAUGAGGUCCCAGUCCCUGCAGCAGGGCAGCACCAGUGUCUGUGCUGUUCAGACGGGCCCAGACACCUGCCAGGCUUUACCGCAUUCUGGCCCAACCCUAAAACCUUCUCCUGGCCUCUUCCCUGGCCCGGGCGCCAGGGGAGUUGGUUGCUGCUGGCACCCACCUGUCACUCUGUCUUUCAAUAAACACUG